AGCGCGAGGGUGUGAGUCAGAGCCGAAUAAACACACGAAGAGAGUCGCUAUGGCUGACCCUAAAUAUGCUGGAUUACCUGGAAUUGUGUAUGACCAGCCAGAUUUAUAUGAAACAAGUGACCUGCCAGAGAGUGAACAGGACUAUACAGGAGAGGGAGGCGACAGCAGCAAUGCUGUCGAGGUCUUGAACAUCAGCCCCAGUGAUGCUCAUGCACGCUUCAAGGGAAAGAAUGUUGAUGCUACGUAUGUUGACUUCUCGGACCGGAUUUCUCAUUCCCGCCGACAUGGUUAUGACUCAAGACGAAUUGAGUGGGAAAUCGCGGGUCAGGGAGAGGAAGAGACAGUUAUGCAAAAGUACCAAAGGCUGAAGUGUGAGAUGAAUCACCUGAUGGAAGAAGUGCAAGCUAUUAAGGGAUCAGUUCCUUGCGGAGAUGGCACAGUAUCCUCCGUUGAGCUUGGCAAGCAGGUGGAAGCCCUUCAUCACACGCUGGUUGACCUCAAGCUUGAGGAUACUCUUGGGCCUGAAAUUGUGGCAUCCAUCUCACAGCCCCAAGUUGCUCUUCAGAAGAAGCUUGUUAAUCUCCUUGAAAGCUUUAAGAAGACAGGCCUUGUGGCGGAAAAGGGUGAAUCCAAAGCCCAGCAGAGUGAGGAGAAGCCGGCCCCCAGUGCAGGUGGCUCAGCCAUUACUUACGAGCUGUAUUACGCCCCAGAGCAUGCAAGACUCAACCAGCUUGCUAGAGUUGCAAACUUAGAGAAGAAGAUUGAUCAUGUUGAGGGGCUUCUAGGAAACAACCCAGACAAACUCUCAAGCCUGUCAGCAUGGACCAAUCACAAGUCGGUAAUGGGGGCUGUGCAGGUUCUCAGUGCCCGUCUGGCUCUCCUUGAGCCUGCACAUUUAGACCACAUCGAGGGCCGACUCCACGCAGUCCACACCAGAAUGAAUUCCAUAUCGGAGAAGAAGGCAGCUAUAGAGGAUGCUGAUAAGCAGAGCAAAGUGUCAGAAUUGUAUGAGUUGGUGAAGAAGACAGAAGCUCUUUGCUCAGCUCUUCCAGAAGUUGUUGACCGGUUGGUGUCCCUAGAAGGCCUUCAUGAACAAGCUAUGCAAUUUAGUGGAUCACUUAAGCAGCUGGACGUAGCUCAGACACGACUGACCUCCACACUGCAAUCGAAUGCUGAUCUCCUGUCAAGUGUACAGGACAAGUUCUCUCAGAAUCUGGGGAUUAUUCACAAAAAUAUUGAGAGCCUUGACACCCGAGUCCAGAACUUGGGAAAGUAAAAUGCCAACGUGCAGCUAAUAUGUAGUUUUUUUGGCUUUACUUUUCUUUUUUACUCUCUCCCUCUUUCUCUUUCUUUGUUUUAUAAGAUAUUUUGCACAUGGUACUCUCUUUUAAGUCACUCAAUUUUAAUUUAUCUCUUAGCAUAUAGCAUUUACGUCUAUGGUAUGGGAAUUCUCGCCUUAAAGAGUAUCGGUAACUUCACUAAGGUGUUAACUAAUUCUGUCAUUUGAUAUUUUGCAUCACAGAACCCCUUAAAUAUUUCAAUUGUAGCUGUUGCCUCCCACAUUUUGUAGACAAAAAUUGGCUGUGUACUUCUUGAAAUAUUCUUGUCUGCUUUUGCGAUGAAUUAGUGUUGAAAUUCUGUAUGUUAAUCACGACAUAAUCUCCAGCUUGCAUUUGUAUUCUGAGACAGGAAUUCCUUAGAGAGAAGCUAGCUCGUAUCAUUCAUUCCUAGGACAUAGCCAGUUCCCUUACUUGUAAGCAGUGACACGAGCAGUGAUGGAAUGGCCUUAUGAAUCGUACCGUACGAGAAUUGUAAGUCACCACUAGCUUUAAGAAGCCUCAAUAAAAGAUGCAAAAAAAUAUAAUUCCUAAUUUAUUGUAAGUUUUCCAUGGUGAUUAAUGCCUCAGACUCCUCCAAGUAUAAAUGUUAUUUUUUUUUUUUUGUUUUUUUUUUUAUUAUCUUGUAAUAGAAAAUCAAAGGGUGGAUGGUUGAUGUUCAAAAUAAAAUUUGGCUACAAAUAUUUAAGCAAGAAACCAAACUUUCUUAAUUUUGCUCAUAACACAAAAUUGUUAACUUCAAAAAAUAUAUAUUUUUUGUUGACA